UUAGCGCAGAGAGGAGCGCGUCUCCAGUGUGCUGGUUGCUGGCGGCUGUCAAGGUAACGUGUAGAACCUUACGGUGCCGACAAGAUGCUCACGCUUUUUGUUCUCGUGGUUUCGUUAACUUUUACCACCGCGGCGUCCGGGCGCGUUGCGCGGAGCUGCGGUACGUGUGAGAUCAGCAAAUGCGCCCCUCUCCCGACCGAGGGGUGCAAGUUCGGCGCCAUUCUGGACGGCUGCGGCUGCUGCGAGGUCUGCGCCGCCGGGCUGGGAGAGCCGUGCGGGGGGCGCGGAGCGUCCGCCAAGCGAUGCGCCUCCGGAAUGGAGUGCGUGAAGAACGAGGAGGAGAAAAACAGCAAACUCGGUAUCUGCGUCUGCAAGAGCGACUACGAAGUGUGCGGCACCGAUGGGGUGACAUACAAAACUGGCUGUGAUUUGAAAGGUGCCAGUCUCAAAGCCGUAAGCGAGGAGAAACCUGAAAUCAAGGUACUCAAUAAGGGAAAAUGCGCACAAGCUCCUGUCAUUGUGACCCCUCCGAAAGAGAUCUGGAAUGUGACUGGCUCCCAGGUCUUCCUGAGCUGUGAGGCCAUUGGUGUCCCCACCCCCAUCGUCACCUGGAAGAAGAUCUCUCCCAAUACCAAAGGAAAGGCAGCCCUGCUUCCUGGUGACAGAGACAACCUGGCCGUGCAGACACGAGGGGGCCCCGAAAAACACGAGGUCACCGGCUGGGUCCUGAUUUCGCCGCUGACCGAGGCGGACGGCGGGUCGUACGAGUGCCACGCCAUGAACGCCAAGGGCGAGGCGUCGGCGGUGGGCAGCAUCCACGUGGUGGCGUCAAUCGAUGACAUCCCGACAAAGAAAGCUAACGAGGACGAGCUGUGAGGAGGUCGGCGGCGUGCACAUCGGGGGAGGCCCCCGGCAGGACUGGGAGCAGCACCACCCCACCCUGCUGGAGACCCGCACGCAGAGGAGAAACCAAACGGCACACAUGCACCCACAGUCACCAUGCAAAUGCUGCCAACACAACACAUAACCUGCUGUCCACUGUGACUGUCCUUCCCCGCUCAGAGUGCUCUUAUACAGCAGCACUGUGAGGGGGAAAAUAGCACUUUUUUUCACAGACAAACAUAUUAUCUCACAGUAUACAAUAUCUGCAAAAGCUUCCGAGUGUAUUUUUUUUGUAGGCAGGGUUGAUAUGCUAUAUCUUAUUUUCCAUGUACAUCAAAUGGGUUUUCGCCUUUAACGAAGAAAUUCCUACCCCACCACCGCCUGAGGAAAGACAAGGAGAUGGCGGAUACCUCACCCUUCAGUGUCCUAUUUAAGCACGUUCCCCCGAGGGUGUCCCUUGUACAGUACCUGACAAGCCAUAUUGAAAAGACUUUCACAAGCCAUUGUGGGGUGGGUAGCUGGAGACAGACAGCUGAGUAGGGCCCACAGCCAAUGCAUUAUGGGAUUAUCUGAGCAUGUGUGUGACAGCUUAAGUUUAAAAGAAAUUCAAUACUGUAUGAUGGGAUGGUUAUAGGAUAGUUCAGGUGGUGGGCAAUUAUUGUAUGAGUAAGAUGUAGCCUUUUUUAAUCUGAAAAUUCUGUAAACUAAGCUUACUUGCAAUGAACGACAACUUCUGUCCCUCUUUCUUUCAUUUAGUUUAAAUUAUAUUAAUAUGCUGUCGUGUACCCAGGCUAGAAUUUUAAACAUAAGCACUGUACUGCAUGCAAGUGUCUCUGGCGAGCACAGCCAGGAGUAGCUUUGCACUCCACUUUGAGAGCACUCCGUCACGUUAAACCGUGCUACUGCUUCGACUAUCAUGUUACUCUGUACUCCUUUUUGAGAAAGUCUGUGCUUAUAGUUGGUUUCUAUUCAAUACCUGAAUGCCCUUAAACGGAGGACUAUCAUAGUCCUACCUAGCUUUCAAGGGAGGGAGAAUUUCAAGCACGGUUUUAAACAGAACACCAAAGAUCAAAUUCAGAGGCUGAACAACAUAGAUCUGUCUCCAGUUUCACGAGAUAGGUUCUAUUUUGUACUCAGUUUUGGAUUAUGGACCACUAAUACAGGUUUUUAUUAUAUACUGCACAUUGUAUCUGCCUUUCUCUAAAUAAUAAACAUACACAUGUUGUGUGUAUUGGUGUGAAAGGACA